CGCACGUCUAAAGCUUGGCUGAAAAUACUCUCAUUAUAAAGAUUUAGGAAAUCCACAUCUUCACUGAAAUCUUGACUGCAAAUUGUCUAGAUAUCAAGCAAGAAGAAAGACCCAAUGGCUUCUCAAAUUGUAAACAUUACUCAAAGCCUCACCACAGCUGAGGAGAUGAGAAACCAAACCAAGCUUGUGAUGCAGCCUUAUGCCAACUGGGAGGAAUACCUGACUCCUGCACCACUUUCCAUAGCCAUCCUGGGAGAGCUGGUCUUCAUCUCUUCCACAACAGAUUUCUCCAUCAACAAAAAUGCACCAAAGAACGGCUACAAGUACAUCAAAUACCCAGAUUCAUUCCGUGCCUGUCUCAUGCAAGUGUGUAACUCUGGCUGGUGGGCUUUCAAUGAGGCCCACAAGAACAUGGAUCAGAUUCGGCUCCACACCAUGGCUGUUCCAGACUACAUGAAGACUGCAGUGAAGAUUCUGUUCCAAGGUAAUGAUGAAAUUGUUCAAGCACACCUUCCUGACCAGCUGGAGAACAUUCGUGUCAUUGCAGAUGACUGUCUUGCACUGGCUGAUACGACAGAAAAGCAAUUCACUGAUGUCAUAAACAUAAUCCAAGAGCUGCUGGAAGCCUGUAUAAAUGCUGAGCACUUUUAUGGAGAAGAGCUGGAAGAAAUCAAGAAGAAGCUAGAAGAGACCAAACUGAGAGAACAGACAUCAAAAGAAGUCAAUGAACGUACAAAGAAGGCAAUGAAGGCCAUGGAGAAGGAGCUGCAGGAGGCACAAGAUAACUACAAAAAAGCAAUGGACUCCCUGCCUAGUGGUUGGGACAUGAUUGGUAUGGAUUUUGUUUCUGGGGUGACAGAAAGCAUUAGUAGUCUGUUUACUGGAAUGACAAGCAUUUUUAGCAAAAAGACGUACAAAGAAAAUACAACAGACAAGGAAUGUUCUACAGAUCCAAUUGGUGAAAUAAACAUCUACAGCAAAUCUGCAGAAAUCCUGAAAUGUGCAGAGAUUAUUCUGCAGUAUGUGCAUGAGGAUGACAUCAACUGGAAGGGCUUGUAUGACCAGAAAAAGAAAGCUACAAAAACAGAUUUUUUGAAAGACCAAUUUCAAAGAAUUAUUAACAAUAUGGAAAAAAUCCCAGAUUGCAAACCCAAACAGCAUGCCCAGGAAUUGUGUGAAGAGGGCAUUAACAUCUGCAAAGAACUGGCAAAAUAUGCCCCAGAUGGGAAAUGUGAAGAAGCCAAAACAGAGGAGCUGAUCAAGAAAAUGAGAAAACUGACUGAAUCAGCCCGCAGUUUUGACUGCAAGAGCAAAGAUGUCACAAAGUCUCCUUCCCUGAUUCCAAAACCACCAAUGAUGUUUAAGGAAGAAAGUAAAUCAGAGAGGAAAAGUGCUUCAGAAAGAGCAACAGAGAAUGCCAGGUUCCGCAUAGAGCAGAGCCGAGCUCAACUGGACAACACCAGAGAGAUCUAUGAGAAGAGUGUGGAGAACAUGGAGAAAAACCAAAAGGAACUGACUGAAAUCCUGAUCACCAUGAGGAGCUGUGAAGUCAAAGAGAUAGACUUUAACACCACCAUACAAAUGCUGGUCAAAGGGAUGGAUGCCAUGGGGAGAGUGAAGGAGCAGUGGGAGAAGAUGGUGCGCUUCUUUCAGAUGGUGUCCAACAUUGUGAAAACCAGCCUGAGCAGAACUCUCAAAGAUUUUGCCUCCACAUCUGAGAAGACUCAGUCACUUUCCUACAACUCAAAGCUCUUCUCUAAAGAUCUGCUCUACAGUCAAGCUUUUCAGGCCACUAACAUCGCCAGCCUCGUCCACAUGAUCUCAGCAACCUACACUGAAGUGUCCGACAAGUACCUCAUGGAUCGUGUCAGCUCACUGGGGAAACUUAUGGCCAUGGACAAGGAAAAACCAGAGUUUGAACAUGAGCGUCUGCAGUUACAGAAUGCCUGUGAUGAAGCUCAAAAAGGCAUUUUACAUCUUGUCCUUCAGAACAAAGACAAAUUUGAAAAGAACAGUAAAUCAAGACUGGAGAAGAUUGACAAAGAGUUGCUGGCCAUUCUUCCCUCUGCUGAUCCAGAAGAGAUGAAGAGCAUCCAAGCAGCUGUUAAAAGUGGAUUUGUUGCGAAAUCGGAAGAUGAUUACUGCUGAGUGAAUUCACAGCAUUUGGCAUCAUUAGCUAAUACAUUCACCGUGAAGUAAAUGAUAAUUACUGUGAUUUGCAUUCCUUUUUUACCUUAUUAGUUUUCUUUUAUAAGUAGAUAAAGUCUGAAAUUAAUCUGCCUAUUUUGCUACUAUACCAUAAACAAAGUUGCUUUUUUUCUCUCUGUGUCCAGUGCACUUGUAAGGCAGCAUAAUAUACCGCAAGACAAAAAAAAAUUGCUCCUUUUUUAUUUUUAAUAUUUAUGAUUCAUUUAAAAAAUUUAAUAAAAAAAAAAAACAGGCAACUUAUAGUGGCUGAGAGCAAGUCAACUUUUGGCUUUGAUAUCUACCUUACCAUGCUUUGUCAUAUUUCUCUAAUAUUCUAUUAAAAUGAUCGAUAAUACUUUACUGUAUGGCAGUGUUUAGAAGAAUACAUGACUUUUA